GCUGGUUUAAAUACUCGAGUACUUUGGAAUGUGUUUUGUUAUCUGCUUGACGAUCUAUGGCGCGGGUAUCCUGUGCCACGGGGACGGCGGGGUAUGCGGCAGUGUCGCACCCACUUUUGCCUGUUGUCUGCGUUCUUACUAUGUUGCAAUAAUGAUGUUCCCGCGGGGUUUGAUCCAUCGCAUCUCACCCUGCAACGGUCACCCUCCCACCAUUCUUCUCUACUUAGCCGCCCUCAGACGGUUGAUGUUGAUUCCUUGCUCGAGUAAAUUUACCUAACAACAAAAGGAGCUUUCGCCGUCUCAUCGGCCGAAUUUUAAUUAUUCCGAGAUACUUCGAGUUAACCAAUAUGAGCUGGAGAUGCUCUUCCACCAGCAACGAAGGUCUUAUAGCCAAUCUGUUUAGACAUGGACUUAUCAAGAACGAUACUGUACGGGAGGCUAUGAGAAAGGCAAGUUGCCCGCACAUGAUUUAUGCCAUCUAUGACUUUGGGAUAACUGGAGAAUAUAAUCUAAUUAUUAUAGGUUGACCGGGCCCAUUUCAGUCCCAUAAUGCCGUACGAAGACUCCCCCCAGGGGAUCGGAUACAAUGCCACUAUAUCUGGUAUAUCCUUUAACCAUGAGAAAUAUGUUUAAACUCUGAUCUGACCACGUACUGCAGCACCUCACAUUCAUGCAAACGUUAGGCACUAUUUCUUUGUCACCUAUCAGAUCACAACUGGUUCAUCAAGACCCAUCCCCUGGGACCUAAAGUGUGCUGAUAUGUGAUGAAUUUGGUUAGGCUGCUGAGGCUCUCUUAGAUCGACUGGGCCCUGGGAAGAAGGUUCUUGAUGUCGGAAGUGGUAGUGGAUACCUCACAGCUGUUCUGGCGCACUUAGUGGUGGGAUAGCCCCUGGAUUCUUAUGUUGCUCCACAGAUGCGGCUACCGGAGGUAUUGACUCUGCUAGACCCCCGGUGGAACAAUUGUCGGCAUAGAACAUAUCCAACAAUUGUGUGACCUCAGCACAGCAAACUUGAAGAAGGACCCCGUGCACUCCGGGAUGCUCCAGGAUGGGACAAUAAAGAUCGUUCGAGGGGAUGGAAGACUUGGUUAUCCAGAAGGGGGUGGGUUACUCUAACUGAUUCUAGGAGAUUUCUAUGGGUUCGGGGCUGAGAUCCGGCAGGGCCUUAUGAUGCGAUUCAUGUUGGUGCUGCGGCAUCUAUCAUGCCCCAGGCUCUUAUCGAUCAGCUUAAGGCUCCUGGAAGGUACGUGCCUACAGAUCUUCCACUCUGUGGGAGCCCAUAGCUUACCUAGUUGGUUCAAUAUGCGAUAGGAUGUUUAUACCCGUUGGAGGCUUCAGUCAGUAUAUUUGGCAAGUUGACAAAGACGAGGAAGGAAACGUAAAGAAGGAGAAACAGUAUGGAGUCCUGUAUGUUCCACUCACUGACGCGAAGGAAUUUCGUGACGAAAAUUAGGGAGGUGAUAUGUGCUCCUGAUUCUCUCGAAUAAGAAUUCUUCAUUGUCGUGCAUCGUGAGGUAUGAUGAUAUCCAAUAAUCAAGGAAACUAGGGAGAGCCGCAGUGAGCCUGAUGGUAGCCAAUUACUAUGGAGCGAUCUGCUGCUGAAAGCCCCCAACCCGCAGGCUACGUGGACGGGCAGAGCGGGGUGGGGUGUUGAGGACAGUAUAGUGCGAGUACGCUGCCGCACUUAACCUCAUCGCAAGUCUGAACACAAUUGGCUUUGAUUCCUUCUUACCUUUCUUCUUCCUCUCCCUCUUCAUCACUCCUCCACUAACCUCCUAUUCCUCUUCCUUUCCUGGUUUCAUAUUUGCGCAAAGCGCGCGUGCCCGGGAACAGCUGACAUCUGCGGUACCCUUAAUAAACUGCUUUACAUAAAUCUACCCCCACUCUCAAACGAGCAGAAAAAGGGAAAAUGAGCGCCUAAACAAGUUAGUUGGGUAAGAAAAGAAAAACCCUCCCCAUGGUAUUAUUCUGGGAUUUGGGGUUUGUAAGUUAUACAUGUUUGCUUGAAUACCGUAGUGCUGUGAUGAGAAUACCGUACUGGUAAUUCAGCAUGGUGCCCGCCGGACACGAACGAAUUGAGGCUUAGGCAAACCUUGCAUGGUUGUUAUCAAAGGUUGAUGUUCAUUCUUGGCACGAACCAACUCGCUCUCACCAUAGCUCCCGAUGGGCCGGGCGACGUUCAUCUCACCAUCAUCUAUCCACCAACGCCAACACCGCACCUACAUUAGCCACGACAAAUCGUAACAGUUCGGCAAUGGUUACAACAGGACCAUCUUCAAUUUUGGCGCCUACUAUCGAAGUAUAUUUCCCUUUUUUGUCUACUUUCCCCCACAGCUUUUUUUUACGAGGGGGGCAGCAAUUGACUUGACCAACGAUAGGACCGUCUGCGAUCACAUUCCAGUGCAUUCACCUCCCUGUUGGAACUGAUUCCAGCAAAAUAUUACUAUGGCGAUAAAGAUAAUACAGUAUGUUCUCUUCCUUUAUCCGUGCUUGUUUACUUUUCAUUCCAAGGUAGAGGCUUAUUAGUUUCGCUAUGGUAGAGGCAAUGGAACAGACGCAAGCAAACCAAAGCGCAGGGCGUCGUUGUGAAGAAGGCGAGAUUGGACCCUGAUGCGCUUGGCGUUGGACUUGGGUCUGAGCUUAAGCCAGCGGGUAGGCAGAAGGAAAAGCUCAAGAACGAGGGUGAGACACAGGAGCGAAAAGAAAAGAAGUUUUCUGCUCCCAUUGCUACCGGUAAAGACGGAAAGGAUGAGGACAGUGACAAAGGCAUAGAAGAAGCGCAAGAAAUCGCCCUGGAUAAUUUCACAUUUGCCACAGAACUGGAUGCUUCGUCUUCGCCACCUACUAUUCCUACCUCGGAUAAGAAGCAUUUUAUUAUUACCACAACUGCUACUGGCACCGAAGGCGCAACAACAACUCGAAAAACAGAUCGGCGUGCCGGCCUUGCUGCGAAAACCCAAGGGCUCAAAGAAGAGCGCGGGGGCCAUCCUCCUUCUGCGACUAUUUCUUCCAAUGGGUCAUGCAAGAGGAAGAAUGCCCAAGCUAAAAAGCGCAGGAGGGAUCGGAAGCGGCAGAAGACCGGCCAAUAUUAAAGGCGAUCGGCGGUCCAAUGGGUACAGACCACUGAUGGGAUAUUUGGAAGCUAUGGGCGCACUCUACAUAUUAUACUCCUGCAAUGUCUGGCCUAAUUUGGUAGAAAUCUCAAGUCUUUACCUU